AUGAAGCCUAGUAGUACUGCUUAUGUUCUUCUUGGCGCCUUUUUGGCCCUUCUCCUCAUCUCCUGUGUUGGUGCUGAUGAGAAAAAUACUCAAACUGAGAUCAAAACUGAUGACUCUAAUGAAGUAGCCGAUCAGAUGCAGUAUGGCGGAGGCUGGGGCGGCGGACGAGGCGGCUGGGGCGCUACGAACCCUGCCUUCCUUAUCCACCACCACACCUCCGUUGCCUCCGCCGUCCUCCGCUCGAUUCGCCACCGUAUCCCUCUAUUCCCUCCGUCCUUCGUUAAAAUCCGUGCUCAGUCCACUUCCACGUCCCACGCCGAGCUCGACAAUACCAGAACCGGUCGAUCUGGCUCGCUCGCUUCCCCUCCGGCGAAUAUCGAUGCUGCGCAGAAGAUUGACGUUAAUCCACCCAAGGGAACCAGGGAUUUCCCUCCUGAAGAAAUGCGGCUGAGGAAUUGGCUGUUUCAGAAUUUUAGAGAGGCUGAGGCAGAGCUGAUUUAUUCUAUUGUCACCUUUUUCAAGCGCAUUGGAAUCACAGCAUCAGAUGUUGGGUUUAAAGUUUCUAGCAGAAAGGUUUUGCAAGAAGUUCUAAGACGUUACUCCGUACCAGAAAAUUUAUUUGGCAGGGUUUGUGUAAUAAUAGAUAAGUUGGAAAAGAUUCCCAUAGAUGAUAUCAAGAAAGAGCUGAGGUCUGCAGAGUUAUCAGAAGAGGCUGUCGAAGAGCUAUUGGAAAUUCUUUCUGUGAAAUCUUUGACAAAAUUGGAAGUGAAACUUGGCGCUUCAGUGGAAGUCCUUGCUGAUUUGAAACAGCUAUUUUCACUUGCUGAAAAGUAUGGUUACUCUGAGUGGAUCCAGUUUGAUGCGUCCAUUGUACGUGGCUUAGCCUACUACACUGGAAUCGUUUUUGAGGGAUUUGAUCGAGAAGGAAAGCUGAGAGCAAUUUGUGGCGGAGGUCGAUACGACAGAUUACUCUCGACUUUUGGUGGCGAUGAUCUCCCAGCUUGUGGGUUUGGAUUUGGUGAUGCAGUUAUUGUAGAACUGCUAAAGGAGAAGAGACUUUUGCCGGAAUUAAGCCCUCAGGUAAGGAACAUCGUCUGCUCAUUGGAUCAAGAUUUGCAGGGUUCAGCUUCUUUAGUUGCUGCAAGACUGAGGGAAAAGGGCCAAAGUGUUGACUUGGUUUUGGAGAAUAAACCGCUUAAAUGGGUAUUUAAACGGGCGGCAAGAAUAAAUGCCGAGAGGCUGAUAAUAGUUGGAAGUGAAGAGUGGCAAAGGGGUAUGAUCGGCGUCAAAAUUCUUUCAUCUGGACAACAAUAUGAAAUUAAAGUUGAUGAACUUGAAUAA